AUUAAUAGACUUUAUGUUUAGUUCACUACACACUCCAGCUUCUAUUUGAUUACAUGGACAGGGCAAGAGGACUUUAUCAAACAUGCUUGCUUUUGUUUGUUUUUUGUUACAAUAACGUUCAGCAGCACAGCAUUUCUAUGCAGGAGAUUUUCUGUUUUGCAAAAGUGGAAAUGUGUGACUCAAAAAUACACUCGGAGUUAGAGGGUUAUGGUUUGACAUGUUUCACACCGUAUUUGCUCUAAUUAAGUUCAACAAGUAUUUUGCGUUUAACCUUUUGGUCGUACAAAUAUACAUAGUGACAUGAGAGGAGAAACGUGUUUUACUCCUAGUGUGAACACUUGUCUUGCCCACGCUUUUGCUGAAGGAGGUAGCUGUUGCAGAAGCGGUGGGUCAUGUGGUUUUGUUUUGGUGAACUCAUCUGUUUUUUAGUUUGAGCAGGGUUCAGAGCUCCAAACCUUGUGGGGUUUUGAGUGCGGACAGGGGUGGGGGUUGGGGUGACGUUGUUUUAUUAAUUUGUGCUUGCAAAUGAGAUGCCAUUAAGUCCAUUCUCUUGUGCUCAUCUAUACUUGGAGAGGAUGACAUUCUGCAGUGUGUAGAUGUGUAGAUUCAACAAUGCUUGAGCCAAAGGAGAAUUUGUCAUCUUUUUCUAUAAACACACUUUCACGAGUGCACUUGAGGAGUAAUUUCCUGUAAACGUCCUGUCAAAGGUUCUUCUGCCGCAAACAGUUGAAACAAAAAAGGCUGUGUUAUCAUGAAAGAUUACUUGAGAUAGAAAGUGAGCGGUGGUAUUCAGAUGCAUGCUAUUUUUAUGACUCGACAGCUUUCAAAAGCCUUUGCCAGCGUGAUAAACACUUGAAAAGCUGUGAGCGUCUCAUCCCCAGGAGUUGGCUCCAUUGCCCGGCCUUACGCUGUUUGAACACAGUCAUUCUGGUCACCAUAUGGGCAACGCAAUAAGAUGUUUUGAAGAAAUUAUCUGCGGCACGGAUACUGUAUAUUAUCACGUCGAUAUAUUUCAGAAGUCAAAUGAAAACACAAUCACAGCAGAAAGAUUCCAGUCCUACAAACUAAGGAUACGAUUUUAAUGACAACUGGAUCAGACGUGGAGCUUUGGGACUCAUUCCUGAGAGGAGGUUACAGUAACACACGGCAGGCUGAGGAGCAUGCUGAAGCAGCUAGACGAGAAAGAUGUUGAUUUUGAAGAAAUCAAAAAGAACCUGGAAUACACAGCAUCGUUACUAGAGGCAGUGUACCUCGAUGGAACAAGGCAGUGUCUGGAGUCUGAAGAUGACCUCCAGCAACUGCAGUCAGACGGGGUGCCGUCAGAGGUCACCGACUGGCUGGCUUCCACUUUCACCCAGAAGAUCCGCCGUCCUACGCGACGCUCUGAUGAGAAGCCCAAGUUUCGCAGCAUUGUGCAUGCAGUACAAGCUGGGAUAUUUGUGGAGCGGAUGUUCAAGAGGGCCUACACAGCAGCCAUGCCGGACCAACCUGCAGCGGUCGUAAAUUGCCUCAGGGACGUGGACCGUUGGAGCUUUGAUGUGUUUGCUCUGAACUCAGCCAGCUCUGAUCAUGCACUCCGAACUCUGUUCUUUGAGCUGAUCACCAGAUAUGAGCUCAACAGUCGCUUUAAGAUUCCCAUCUCGUGCCUCACAGAAUUUCUGUCUGCGCUGGAGAGAGGAUACUGCAAAUACAACAACCCCUACCACAACCACGUUCACGCUGCUGAUGUAACUCAGACACUGCACUGUCUGCUGCUGCGCUCCGGACUCGUGCACUGGCUGACAGAGCUCGAGGUGAUGGCAUCCCUGUUUGCUGCAGCCAUCCAUGACUAUGAACACACAGGAACUACAAAUAACUUUCACAUCCACACAAAGUCAGAGUUUGCAUUGAUCUACAAUGACCGGUCUGUACAAGAGAGCCAUCACCUGAGUGCAGCAUUCCGCCUACUGCUGGACGACCAAAUGAACAUCUUUAUUAAUUUGACGCGGGAGGAAUGGAUGGAGCUGCGGUCACUUGUUAUAGAGAUGGUGUUGUCCACGGACAUGUCCUCCCACCUUCUCCAAGUCAAAGCGAUGAAAUCCUGUCUACAACAACAAGAACGGAUUGACAAGCCCAAAGCACUGUCUCUGUUACUGCACACGGCUGACAUAAGUCAUCCAUCCAAGCCUUGGGCGCUGCACUCUCGCUGGACCAAAACCUUGAUGGAGGAGUUUUUCAGACAGGGUGAUAGAGAGGCAGAGCUCGGCCUCCCCUUCUCUCCACUGUGUGAUCGACAAACCACCCUAGUAGCUGAAUCCCAGAUCGGUUUCAUAGACUUCAUUGUGUAUCCUACAUUUUCUCUGCUGACCGAUAUGGCUGAAAAGAUUGUUAUUCCUUUGGUGGAAGAGAACCCAGGUCCACCAGACCCCUGCAACAGACAUAGUAAUCUUUGGAAGGAGAGCUCCAGAGGCCUGCAGUGGAGCCUCGCACACAUCACAGCUGAGCUGGUGAGCUUCCGCUCUACUUGGACACGGCACACUGAGGACAACAAGCUCAAAUGGAAGGAAAGUGGCUCAAAUGGAUUUUCAGACCCCGGCGAGACAAAAGAGCAGCGAUCGAGACAAGAAGUGUUGUCAGAAAAAUCCCUGCAAGACCCCACUACAGAUACAAAAUAGCAGACAGCAGCUCCUUUGUAAUACGCGUUUGCAGAAUAGAAAAAAGUAACACUUUUGUAACAAAACUCAGAUACCUUUUACUUUAAAAACUGAGAGAUCUUACCAAGGUAAGAUGUAGCGUAAUCACAGAAACUUCCUCAUUUUAAAUGUAGCAUACUACAAUAAUUUAAAUACAAAAGUACACAUGCUGGUCAUGUUAUACAGUCUAGUCCAUAUCAUUAAUUUAAUUUGUCAUCUAAACAGCUGUAAGUUACAUUUGAACUUUCAAAGCAUAAAACAAUCAUUUAACCUUAAAAUAAACUUUGUGUCAUAUAUGAGUUUUUUGUAGUCUGUUUCUUUGUCUGGGACAUAUUUACACAUGGGCCAGUGAUCCAGACAUGACAACUCAAUAUAGGAACUUAAGUUAAAUCGGUUAUGUUUUGCAUUUUCCAAACAUACAACAGUUAACUUUUUUUUUUUUUUACUUAAAAGCAAUAUUUUAAAUUUCUUUUGAAGAGCCUUUAUUGUAGAAGGUAAAAUUUGAUAUUACUCACUGUGGUCUGUAUUAAUUAUCUUGCAUUUAGAAAGCAAUCAUACCAUAGUUCCUUGGUUAUUGCACCUCAAAAAUAAUGAUAAUGAAUUAAAAAGUAAUAAUGCAAGUGAACUAAAGAGGCUUUUAGAAUUUAAAAGGGAGAAAUACUUUAAGGAAUAAGUAGUAAUAAUAAAUAAUAAAGAGGUAGAGGCCAAUGUUUGGUCAGCCAAAAUUAUCAAAGAAGAUGGUUAAGCAUGCAUUCAAAUUUAAAGUGUUCUCUGCUCUCCCAGCAAGAGGAGCUAUAGAGCAAAGACUGCAAUGGCCCAGGGGUAGUUCAGCUUCACACCCAGCUUCAUAUUUUAAUGCUCGUCAGUGAAGCAGUUUGGAAUUGCACCAUCGCUUUUCUUCUUACAACAGAUGGGAAAAAAUGUUUUUCUAAUUUGAAUCAGCUGAUAGUCUUUAAAUGAAUAAAUGCCACAACAACAACUGAAGACACAGCUCUGCUGCUUGUCAGUAUGAUUUGCAUGAUUUGAGCUUCCAUCCCAACACCCACUUUGAAUAUAAAAUGAAUAUAAAUCCAUCACACAGCAAGACAGUAAUGACUGUUACACAAAGAGUCUUGUGUUAAAGAAAAAACUGUUCUGUAAGAUAUGGAUAUCCUUUCUAUAAUUCAGCUAAAUUUUAGGUGCAACAGCGUAAAUGUACAUUACAAAAUAUUUUUUUAAGUCUCUCUAACAGAUAAAGUGCAAUUGGGCUUUUAUUCUGAAAGGAUCCUUCACUAUGUCCACCCCCAAUCACAAAGGUGAAACGCUUUAACAGCAAAACUUGUUCACAGCAGUCUGUAAAGAUACAGUAUCCCACGCAGCUUAAACUGCUGCAGUGUUACAAAAUGCAUUUGUGAAAUCUUGUCCUUUUAUGAAAAAUAUAUGUGCUUUUAUGCUCUUGCUUCAGAUUGCAUUCAAUUAUUUAAUAGCAGAGCGUCUAUUUUUAGAGUAAAGUUAAAAUCAACUUUAGCUGAGCGCAUGACCAAUGAUGCAACGAUACGUGAAAGCUUUAAGAAUUCCUGCUAAAAUGCAUCUGGUUUUCUUUUUUUGACACUUGAAUGGGCAAAGCUCUCCUGGUUCUUUGCAUCUUCAUGCUAACGCUGCUGAUGAAGUUCAUAUAAUCUUUCCUACAAAAAAAGAAAACAAUCACCAAUUUAAACAUUUUAUUGUAUCAAACAAAUUUAGAUUACAGAUGUAAUCAUCAAUCAAGUAAAACUAGAACAAAAAAAGUCCAUGUUAUUCAAGUAAAGUACACUACUACCAUUCAAAAAACAAGUUUACCCAUAAAUACAUUGCAGGAGAAAAACAAAGCUUGCAGAGG